AUGGCGAGAGCGAUAGCUGGGGUCUGGAGUUGUGCGGCUGCAAAGCCAGGUGAUUCCGGGAAGCGCCGGGGAAGCUCUUUAAGUGGAAAGACGCUGGCGGUCAAAGUGGAGGUCACCGGCUGCUUUUCGAAGGCCUGCUGGCUGCAGACCAUCCGAGUGGGCGUGGAUGAAAGCAACACGGUGGGCAGUGUAUCGAGGGUUGGUGUGUACCUCUCUGAUGGGAGACUCGCUGCAUCUUCUCAUGCCCUGCCUGUCCCGACCUCCCUGUCGGACCACUCCUGGCUGUCUUUCCAACUGCGAGGAUACGACAAGGAGUUGCGCACUCUGUCAGAGCUUGACCACGUCUGGCUCGUCUUCAAUCCAGCCGAUAGCGUCCAGCUGACCUAUGAGAAUGUCGGUACUGCAGCAACUCAAUUGACAACUCAGACCCUGCACUGGCCACCGUAA